GAGGAUGGAUUGUGCACUUGUAACGUGUGUGUUCGUCUUAGAGCAGUUUAGGAAAGGCAUCUUACAAGGCCAGACUUCUUUCUGUCUUUCAUAGGUCUCAGAGCAGAAUUUCACCCUUUGCAGAAAAGGUGCAUCAGCAGCAUGAGCACACUGCUGUCAUCCACACCAACAAGCCCAGGGCUAGCAUGGAGAUCUUCUGUGGACUGUGGUCCUGACAGAGGAGAGGGUGGGGUUUGGUGUUCAGACAUUGAGGAACCUGAGCACCAAGGAGAACUAGGGAUGCUGUUGUGUUACCUACCUGCCUUUCAGAAGUGUGAAUUUUAUGGCUUCUGUAGGGUAAAAAAACCAAAGAGGUAGGAAGAGGUUUCUGAAGUAAAAGAUAGAUCAGGGCAUGGAAACAAGUGGUUAAGAGAAAGCUGGAACUUCUGUGCCUCUAGCACAGCGGUGUUGCAUUAACCCAAGGUACCAAAACUUGCCUGUGCACUGUUCUGAUUUGGCAAACAGCUGAGAUCUGCCCCGACAACAGUGCAGUAGAGGUAUUUAUCUGUGUUACCAAUGCAAGAUUGCCAGUGACACCGUAACACAGCACGUUAGCCUGCCCUCUCAGCCAGUGCAGUGAUGAGGCAACCCAUGUGCUCUAGCUGCAUUUUCAUCCUGUGUGAUGCCAACAAGACAGCUGGGCAGCUUAAAUAAAUGCCCUCUACACUUUGAAGAAGACCUUCUGUUUAACUGCCCUGCAGCAUUGAGCUGCUUUCUAGCUCCCGCUGAAACCCAGAAUCUGCAGCUAAUGUGUCUGUUAGGUUCACCAUCAAAGGGCCUGUGUCUGUGUGAGUGAGAUUGGAGACACCUGCCUUGCAUUCUCUUUGCACUUGUUCUCUCCUCUUGGUAUUUUGCCUACAGAUGAAAAGGUGAGGCAGAGCACCCAGGAUUAUGGCAACUUCUUCCACUUUCUCUCUUUUCCUGUGUGUGCUGGUUCUUUCAGACAUCAGCCUUGCUGUCUCCCUGGACCCUGGCACAAAGCUCAAAAAUGUCCCUGAGAACAACAACCACCUUCAAAACCAAGAGAUGUGGCUGCAGCAGCAGCCCAGAAGUGGGCACCACCACAAACAUGGCUUGGCCAAGAAGGAGAGGGUCCAUGCCAUGCCUUCUAGAGGGCGGCCGGCUGCGGAAGAGGCCCUCAGAAUGGGUAGCGGAGCUCCAGCUGUGGAAGAGCUGGUGGCAGAGGGACAGCCAGCAGCCCUGAAACAGAAUAAGGAGGUGUUCCUGGGUUUUGAGUUCCCAUAUCCUGAGAGGGAGAACCAGUCCCCUGGGUCUGAGAGAGGAAAGAAGCAGAACCGAGAGCACCGGCGACACAGCCGCAGGGACAGGCUGAAACACCACAGAGGUCAAGUUGUGGGUGUAUGUCUCUGUGGGAAGACUUCUGAUGCUGGGCCAAGCUCCCUGUACAAGAAACCUGAAAGCUUUGAAGAACAGUUUCAAAACCUCCAAGCAGAGGAAGCUACAAGCCUGACUCCAACCAUGCUUCUCAUGACUGCACUGGAAUUAGCUGUUUCCACAGAAGAGCCUCCUGUUCUUCCAGCCACAUCACCACGGUCACAGGCCCGCCUCAGGCAAGAUGGGGAUGUGAUGCCCACCCUAGAUAUGACACUCUUUGACUGGACAGAUUACGAGGAUCUCAAACCAGAAAUGUGGCCAUCUGCUAAAAAGAAAGAAAAACGCCGCAGUAAAAGCCCAAACAGUGGAAAUGAAACCGUGACAGCUGAAGGAGAGCCAUGUGAUCAUCACCUUGACUGCCUCCCAGGCUCUUGCUGCGACUUGCGUGAACACCUCUGCAAACCACACAACCGAGGCCUUAACAACAAGUGUUACGAUGACUGUAUGUGCACUGAAGGGCUACGCUGUUAUGCCAAAUUCCACCGGAACCGAAGAGUGACCCGGAGGAAAGGGCGCUGCGUGGAGCCCGAAUCAGCCAACGGAGAGCAGGGAUCAUUCAUUAAUGUUUAGGAGGGUGGGACUCCUGCCUGGAUGGUUGGGAGCUGGGGUCACGCUGUUUAUACCGAGCAAUGGGAUUUAGAGGAAGAAGUCAAGCAAAUGACUGAAGCUGCAAGGCUCUGAACGUGCCAGGUUCCAACAAGACUGAAGCUCAUGUUAAUUAUAAAUAGAGUGGCCUCAGCCUUUUCCAUACCAGGACUGCAUUCCCCCUCCCUUCCCUCAGCACACUCCUGCAUUGAGCUGGGUCCCCUCUCCUGGUUAGUAAGAGUUGAUCAUGACUACUGUUGUCAUGGUCCAGGCAAGAAAAGGCUCUGCAGUUUCAUCUCCUCCUCUCAACAGAGGCAAGAUAUGCAAGAUCCUUCAGGCCAAAGGGGAUUUGAGCUUAAACAUUACCCCUUAACUAUUGCUUGAGAAGAAAGGUAGAUCCUCCUUAAGGGUCAGAGGUUCCUAAAGGAUAAGAAGCUUGUAGCCUCCAGAUGGAAUCAACGUUUGGAAAUGAAUCAACAGGAAGCUGGCUGCCUGGCUGAGAGGGACCUUCUGACAGAACUCUUGCUCUCUCCCUCAUUCCCUAGCUGUUAUAUACUACCACUUUCUACCUGCCUUCUUUGGGACCAAUGAGUCCCCCUCCCUUCCUCCUUCCUUCCUUCCUUCCUUAGAACCACCUGGUUUCUGCAAGGAUGUGGCAAGACAUCCAGUCUGCAGCUCUCACUCAUUUAGUUAUCCUGCCAAAUCUGUUAUUUUUAAUGAUUAUUUUUAGGAGCUUUCUGGGGAAGUGAUAGUUUUCCUAGUGAGCCAAAAAAAAAAAGUUUUUUGGUAACAGGAGAUAGGGACAGGCUGUUCCAUUGUAGUAAAUCCUGUGACAUGUUGCAUGUGUGUUCCCAUGAUAUGUAAAUAAAGAUA